ACCUCCCCUCUGUGAUAUAUCAACAACCAACAGUCACGUUUCGAGCUACACUAUACACAACUAAAAUUGGUAAAUCCAAUAACACCUACAAACAGCCAAAAUGAAGACCCUCAACUUCAUAACUGGCAACAAAAACAAACUCAGCGAGGUGCGCGCUAUACUGGGCGAUGCAGUUGUCGUUGAUAACAAAUCCGUCGAUGUUCCCGAGAUACAGGGGACUAUUGAAGAGAUUGCAAAGGAGAAAUGCCGGAGGGCUGCUGAUGCGGUCGGAGGCCCAGUGUUGACAGAGGACACUGCACUCGAAUUUCACGCCUAUAAAGGCCUUCCAGGCCCAUACAUUAAAUCAUUUCUCGAAGCUUUAGGGCAUGAAGGUCUUAACAAAAUGCUCGACUCUUUUGACGACCGUUCCGCCGAGGCGGUAUGUACAUUUGCAUUCUCGAAUGGACCUGGUGAAGAACCCCUUAUCUUCCAAGGAAGGACCUUGGUAUGUCUCUCCUGCGUAUACGGCUUCAUUUCAGACUGAUUUGGGUUCCUGACAUUGAGGAUUCUGGUGUAGGGCAAAAUUGUACCGGCUCGAGGACCGCCAAACUUUGGUAUGUCUGACACUCAUUCAUGAUGAUACUUAACCUUUCAUCUGCUCUGCAUACACGAUUGUCUUGGUGAUAGGGCCGGCUGAUUUCUGUUCAUACAUAGGCUGGGAUCCCAUAUUCGAGUACGAAGGCAAGACCUAUGCGGAGAUGGACAAGGAAGAAAAGGUGAGUGAGGCAGGCGAUAAUUCGAAGACAAGAGUAGCCUUGUUGAUAUCAUCGCUCAGAACAAGAUCUCCCACCGUUAUAAAGCCCUCAUGAAGUUGAAGGCAUGGCUGAUUGAAAAUGAGGCGUGAAAAGAUGGAGUAUCGCCUCUCAUAUCCUACGACAAAGGCCCUGCAUGUUCUUCAGGCGUCCGUAGCUUCUUCCGAAUGAGAUUUCUUCCAUGCUUCUACCCAAGCAGAUAUCCUAGCACAAUUGCUCUCAAUCUCAUCGCUGUUCUCGCUCGUUAAUUCAAUGACAAUUUCCUCGUCAUAGGCCUCUUUCGCUUCUUCGAGUAGUAAUCCGAAAAUUUCAGCGUCCAUGUUUUCGUCC